AGAUGCUGAGCCUUAGGGGGAGACUCUCGCCUAGUUCGGAGGCCUCCUCUCUUUCUCCUCUCCUCCACUGAUAGAGUCUGGACCGGUAUGGCCUGGAGGUACUCACAACUGCUACUGGUCCCUGUGCAGCUGGUGCUCCUGGCCUCAGGUGUCUGGGGGUCCACAGUUAUCUCUGAAGAGCUUCAUAGAAUGGCAGGACAGAGCCUCUCCGUGCAGUGCCAGUACAAGCUUGAGGAAGGGCCCUAUGUGCUGAAAACGUGGUGUCGGCAAACAUCCCCGAGUAAAUGUACAAGAGUGGUCACUACCUCUGAGCCUCGGAAAGCAGUCAGGGAAUUACAGCACACAAUCUGGGAUGAUCCUGAAGCUGGCUUCUUCAACAUCACCAUGACUCAGCUAACAGAGGACCACUCGGCGUUCUACUGGUGUGGUCCAUAUUAUGCUUCCCGCCGCACAGUAACUGUUCUCAGGAACAUCAGCCUGGUGGUGUCUCCAGCCCCAUCAACCCUCCCUCCACAGACGACUGCGUGGCUCCCAGAAAGCACAGCCACCAUCUUUAUGUCCUCCCAAGUUCUGACCACCUCUCUGGAGGAGAUCACGGACUCUUCCAUCAAUGGCUCUGGGCACAGAAACCAAAGUUCCUCUUCUCCUGGCUGGACCUCCCCGGGGCUUCUGGUCUCCGUGCAAUAUGGACUCCUCCUGCUCAAGGGCCUGGUGCUGUCAGUUUUCUGUGUGCUCCUUUGCUGGAGGCGUGGCCAGGGACGAGAGUACAUGGCAGAGAUGACGGAGCUUUCAAAACUACCCCACAUCUCCAAGUCCUUGGACACAGUUAGCUACAUCUCAGGGUGUGAGAAGAAAGCUAACCGGUUCUGAGGCUACCCAGUGAACAGACAGGCCCAACUUCAGCUCUACCGAAGCCAUCAGGCAAGCCCACGGGAGACAACAGCCAGACCUGCACUUCAGAUCGCCAGGGCUAACUGACACUCUGGUAUCAAGCACCCUCAGAGCUGCAUGCCCUGUAACCCAGACCUCCCCCAAGAUGACCAACCACAGGCAGUUAAUCUGCAACACCCAGCUCAAGUGUUCCCAAAUCCCCAGCCCCAGGCCUUUCUCACUCUCUCUCUCUCUCUUGCCUCCCUUGGCAUCACAAACCUCACAGGCUCCGUUUCCCAAAGCCCACACCUGUCCAAGUUCACAAGCUCACUUUCUAGGUUUGCUCUAGAUUGCCUAAAAUGAGGGGGAAACUGACUUAAAGGCUAACCCAGGGAACUAAGAAAGGCUGUGUCUGCAGACCAUAAACCGAGAAAGUCCAGAAGUUAAGGGGGGGGGGGUGUUUUAAACAAGACCAAAACCUCCGGAAACUGACCCUUCAUGCAGUCACAGAUCAGAGCCGACCGCCAGGGGUCAGUAUUGUGCUGGUUUAGCCAGUGAUGCAAUUUCAUCCACACAAAGUCUGCUUAUACAGACUGCUGGGAGGAGUGGGGUACAAAAAGAAUAGAUUAUAGACUUUGUUCCUUAGGGAACAAAAAGAAUGUCACAUCUGUAAAACAAGAAGAGUCCAGAGUGAUGUUCAUUCAGCUCAUGUGACAUACAGUAGAGCCUGGAUACUGGCAUACGUUAUUGACAACAUGCUGAAUGUAACCACAGCCUUGUAACCAUAAAAAGGCCACUAUGAAGGGAUCACAUUUUAUUCCUUUUCUAUGUUAUGUGUGGGAGAAUAAAAUAUAGAUGUUUCUUCA